CGGAGCCUAAGGGGGUGGGGAGAGGCCGGCCCCUUGGCCCAGCUGAAAACGGAAUUCUUUGGCGACUGGCUCCCCACUCUGCCAGAGCGAGGCGGGGUAGUGAGGACUCCGCGACGCGUCCGCACCCUGCGGCCAGAGCCGCUUUGAGCUGGGCUGCGGCCGCACUAGGCGCUUUUCCUCAGAAGCAAUCCAGGAGCGCCCGCUAGUUCUUGAGCGCCAGGAAAAGCCCGGAGCUAACUACUGGCGGCUCGACCAUUGCACGGGGCCCCAAGCCGCAGAAGGACGGCGGGAGGGUAAUGAAGCUGAGCCCAGCUCUUCUAGGAAGGAGAGAGUGCGCCGGAGCAGCGUGGGAAAGAAGGGAGGAGUGUCGUUAAGUUUACGGCCAACGGUGGAUUAUCCGGGCCUCUGCGCGUCUGGGGACUGCGGAAUGCGCGAGGAGAACAAGGGCAUGCCCAGUGGAGGCGGCAGCGAUGAGGGCCUGACCAGCGCCGCGGCGCGGGGACUAGUGGAGAAGGUGCGACAGCUCCUGGAAGCCGGCGCGGAUCCCAACGGAGUCAACCGCUUCGGGAGGCGCGCGAUCCAGGUCAUGAUGAUGGGUAGCGCCCGCGUGGCGGAGCUGCUGCUGCUCUACGGCGCAGAGCCCAACUGCGCUGACCCCGCCACUCUCACCCGACCGGUGCAUGAUGCUGCCCGGGAGGGCUUCCUGGACACGCUGGUGGUGCUGCACCGGGCUGGGGCGCGGCUGGACGUGCGCGAUGCCUGGGGCCGUCUGCCCGUGGACCUGGCUGAGGAGCAGGGCCAUCGCGAUGUCGCACGGUACCUGCGCGAGGCUGCGGGGGGCACCAGAGGCAGUAGCCAUGCCCGCAUAGAUGCCGCGGAAGGUCCCUCAGUUACAGCUAGCAUCCGAGUCCCGGUGAAGAAGGAGACUUCGCCUCCAGUUACAACUAGCAUCCGGUCCCGAUAUAGAAGGAGUUGCCAAUUACAGCGCGGUUCCAGGGCUGAGCGAAAAGCUGGAGGAGCCAAGUGGGAGAGGGAGUAAAACUAUCGAAUUGGGCCACAAGCAAAUGAAUAAAUUGAACGACUCAACCAAACCGAAGAUAUUUAAUCCAAGCACACAAGUCUUUCAUUUCUUCCUUCCUCCCUUCCUUCUCUUACUCCCCAACACCCCCUCUUCAAGCACAAUUAAUUACAUGGCUAGAUUCUACUGCGUGAUCAGCCCUGUUCUAGGUGGUGGGCACGCCAAGGUGAAUGAGACCAAACAAGAGUCUUGCCCUCAUGGGGUUUACAUUUGGAGACAGGGUCGAUCUAUUGCCCGCAGCCUGGAGUGCAUGACGCGAUCACAGCUCACUGCAGCCUCAACCUCCCUGGCUAAAGGGGUUCUCCCACCUCAGUCUCCAGACUAGCUGGGACCACAGGUGCGCGCCACGAUGCCUGUUUUUGUUUGUUUUUGUUGUUGUUGUUGUUGUUAAUAGAGACGAGGGUUCACCCUGUUGUCUGGGCUCAAGCGAUCCUCCCUCCUCCUCCUCCUGAAGUACUGGGAUUACAGUCCCAAGCUAUCAUGGCCGACCUGGGAAAUAGACGUUAAGCAAGAUAACAACCUAUUUUCAGAGAGCCAGUUUAUAAAACCAAUGCAAUGGGUAAAUAUGAAGUGUGAAUAGGAGGAGAAAAUAAAGAGUGGUUGGAGAAUCUAAUGAAAGCUAGGGAGGAAGAAACUCUCAAGUGCAAAUGCUGCCUCAGGAAUAAACAUAAAAAGAAACUCUCAAGUGCAAAUGCUGCCCCAGGAAUAAAAUAAACUUGAGACUCUCAAGUGUAAAUGCUGCCUCGGGAGAACCAAACAGCAAGCUGGAGCCCGUACACAACGAGAUUAGAGAGAAAGGCAGAAGCCAAAUCAUAUGAAUAAAUGAGCAUCCAUUUUGUUUCAGAAAUGAUAGGAAACCAUUUGUGGGUUUGUAGAAGCAGGCAUGCGUAGGGAAGCUACGGGAUUCAGCCGAGGAACGCCAGAGCCUGAGGCGCCCUUUGGUUAUCGCUAGCUGGCUGGCUCAUUCCGCACCAGGUGCAAAAGAUGCCUGGGAAGGCGGGAAGGGAAAGGCCACAUCUUCUCGCCUUUGCAUGGUGAGCAACCACUGACACUCAUUACAUAACACUCGUUUUCUUCUUGCAACCCCGCGGGCCGGGCGGUCGCGCUUUCUCUGCCCUCGACCGGGCGGACCUGGAGCGCUUGAGCGGUCGGCGCGCCUGGAGCAGCCAGGCGGGCAGUGGACUCGCUGCUGGACCAGGAAGGUGUGGGAGAGCGGUGGCGGCGGGUACAUGCACGUGAAGCCAUUGCGAGAACCUUGUCCAUAAGUACUUCAAUGCCGGUAGGGACGGCAAGAGAGGAGGGCGGGAUGCGCCACAUAUCUUUGACCUCCGGUUUCUAACGCCUGUUUUCUUUCUGCCCUCCGCAGGCAUCCCCGAUUGAAAGAUCUACCGAGGCUCUGAGACACCUCCGGAAACUUAGAUCAUCAAUCACCGAAGGUCCUACAGGGCUACAACUGCCCCCACCACAACCCACCCCGCUUUCGUAGUUUUAAUUUAGAAAAUAGAGCUUUUAAAAAUGACCUGCCUUUUGAAGUAGAUAUACGCCUUCCCCCACUACCGUAAAUUUCCAUUUGUGUCAUCUUUUAUAUAUUGUUAUAAAAAUGUAAAAAAGAAAAACACCGCUUCUGCCUUUUCACUGUGUUGGAGUUUUCGGGAGUGAGUACUCACGUCCUAAGCGCACAUUUAUGUGAGCACUUCUUGCGAGCCUCCCAGCCUGAGGAAGCUGUCGACAUCAUUACAGGCUUUUGUGAACUAGGCAAGCUCAGAGGGGUUACUGGCUUCUCUUGAGUCACAUUGCUAGCAAAUGGCAGAACCAAAGCUCAAAUAAAAAUAAAAUAAUUUUCAUUCAUUCA